AUGGUCUUCAUUGUUACUCCUCUUCCAUCGACGCUUAAUGGAGGUACUCAUAAUGAGAAUGAAGGAGAACAACUUCCCCUUUCAAUCUGCCAUGGUUAUCAUCCAGGUUUGGGUGCAACUUGGAGUGUUUCUGAUGUUUCUAAAGUAUCAACAGUUGCGAUUUUUGGUUUGGGAACUGUUGCACAAGGUGCUAAAAUAAGGGGCGCAUCUACGAUAAUUGGGGUGGACACUAAUCCUGAAAAGAAAGAGAAAGCAAAAGCUUUUGGAGUAACAGAUUUCAUCAACCCAAAUGACAUUAAUGAGACAUUUCAACAGGCUAUCAAGCGACUUACAGACGGUGGUGUAGAAUAUUCAUUUGAAUGCAUUGGAGACACUGAGAUGAUAAAUACAGCUUUGCAUUCUUGCUGUGAUGGGUGGGGUGUGACAGUUACUCUUGGGGUUCCUAAGACAAACCCAAAUGUAGCAUGUCAUUAUGGAUUAUUUAUGACUGGAAGAACACUAAAAGGGUCUCUUUUUAGAGGAUGGAAACCAAAAUUAGAUAUUCCCAGGCUUUGGUGCCACUAUUGUUGA